AUGUCGGGCCUGGAUCGGCCGCCACAACUAGUCUUUAACCAGAAGGAAUCGGAUAACGGAGAUGUUUGUAUCGAUCAUUCUGGAGAAAUUGCUGCCCACAUCUCUGAACUCUUCAAUAACAAGUCUUACAGUGAUAUUUCUCUGGUAGUUAAAUCGACAGAAUUUCCCGCACAUCGUGUAAUUCUUGCGUCGCGAUCAGAGUAUUUUCGUGCCCUGUUCUAUGGGGGUCUUUCAGAGGCGCACUCUUCUACUGUUCACCUAAAUGGUAUAAGUGAUACCGCUUUCUACCACAUUCUGUGCUAUAUAUACACAGGAAGACUUAAUUUGUCUGGCCUUGCCCACGAAGAUGUGUUGGACAUUUUGGGAUUGGCAUGCCAGUACAAUUUUGUGAACCUUCAAGCUGCCCUUUCCAAGCACUUUACGCACUCACUUACCUUAGACAACAUCUGUUCAGUCUAUGAUGCAGCAAUUGUUUACGAUUUGGAGGAAUUAGUGCUCGCCUGCUUGGAGUUUAUGGACCGAUUUGCUCCCACCAUUCUCUCGAUGCCUCAGUUCGAGCGUCUGUCUAAGGUAAGCGCGGAUCCUCCUGUACUUCUGCUGGUGGCGCACAUUUAUAAAAUGUCCCCUUUACUUUCGUCUUUACUUUCCGUUUCCUCUUCGUCGAGCUAG